AUGUCUCUAUGGACGCCCCUCAGCCUUGGUAGCGUCCUCAGACGAUCUCUGACCGGCCACGCCGCCUUCAGUGCGUCGGCGGUAGCAGGACCGUCUCGCAGGUGCGCGAGUGCGGUGAUCCCUGCUUCUGCUCGGCGAUUUCUGUCGUCCAGCCCGGUCUCGCGUCAGCCGGUCGUGCCCCGCCGCCCAGCGACAGGGGCUACUCUGGGCCUGCCUUCAAAGGCUCCUGCAUCGCCGCGAAUAUCGUCAAUACCCACAGCACCACAAGGUGGCUCUUCCAUCUUCGCCCAAGUAUUCCGACGCGCGUUCUCGUCUUCCCGGCCGGGCCUACUCCGGCAGACAUACUUUCCUAAAAAGGGCGGAUAUGGAGGCAGACAACCGCCUCCAGGCGGAUGGUUCAGUAAUCUACGCAGACGUAUAGAUCGAUUAUCCCCCACAGCAGUCGUAUACACCCUCAUCGCUCUCAAUGUCGUCGUCUUCCUGCUCUGGCAAUAUGGUCUCCAGUCAUGGCAGCGCUUCCGCGACCCAUCACUGCACAACUUCCUCACCAAGAACUUUGUGCUGAAUGAGGCGAAUAUCAUGGCUGGAAGGGUAUGGACGCUCCUCACGGCGUGCUUUAGCCACUCGUCGGGGACGCACAUCUUUGUGAAUUGCUUGAGUCUGUACUUUGUGGCUCCGGCUGUAGCAUCAUUGAUCGGAUCGUCAGCAUUCCUCGGACUGUACCUAGGAGGCGGUAUCAUCGCAUCGGGUAUCUCGCUCGCAUGGCACAGAUUCAGAGGAGACAAAUGGGCCGGAUCAGAAGGAGCCAGUGGGGCCAUCUACGCAUGUCUCGGCUUCUACGGCGCCAUCUUCCCUAAUACCACCUUCCUGCUCUUCUUCGUCCUCCCCAUGCCAGCCUGGGUCCUCAUUGGCGGUAUGUUCGCAUACGACGGCUACUCUGCCUUCUUCCGUCCAGGGAGCGGGACAGACUCGGCGGGACACGUCGGGGGAAUCAUGGCUGGGCUGGGAGCGGCACUGUUCGCUAGACGGAGGGGAAUGGGGGGAGGUAUUGGAAGGUUUGGCAGAUUCUGA